ACUCUUAGAUCUCUACUUUAUCGCUUAGGUAGGGAAUCGAUAUUUUUUAACAUUAAUUGGUCAGUUUUUCUUUAAGUUACGAUAUUUAAACAACAGAUAUAAAUAGGUCUACUUCCGCCCAGCGCAAUCACUAAUACUAACGACCCAAUUGUUUCGACCUCACCAAUUAAAAGUGUAAGGUACGUAAACGAUGAGCCAGCAUGCAGCGGCUGGUGUUGGAGCCCGUGACGUCACGAUCGGAAGCGCCCGGGGCCGCGACCGGCCGGCCGGUAGUCCCUGCGCCGCUUAUUGCUUGCCCGCCGCGCGAAUUGAAGCGCGUGUCCGCUCCUCGACCCGGUCGGGCCAUGUCCUGCCUUUCGAACGUGACUAAUCCCUAAAGUGCUAUAAGUUUGGUGCGACAUUAUGAAAGUUUUAUUGAUAGUGGGAUUCAUUGCGUGUUUUAUAGGAUUAAGUGUGCAAGAAGACUCGGAACCAGUGAUAGCGGUGGCGGGACAUAGCGCGGAGCUACCCUGUAACGUGACCGCAAAACUCCGCGACGACGAACUACUUGUAGUCGCCUGGUAUCGCGACGGAUCCAACACUGCUUUCACAAGUUAUGACCGACGAGGGAAGAUCAAGCGCUUGGCAGAGGCGGCCGAUCGCUACCAGAUGAUAGUGGCGGAGGACGAACAUCGGUUGGUGAUUCCGGACGUAUCGCCCGCCGACGCCGGCGCCUACCAAUGUUCUGUGGAAUUCGCGCGCAGCCCGUCUACCACCAAUGAAAUAAUACUACAUAUCAUAGAGCCCCCCCAGCGGACGUGGGUAGGGAUUCAGAAGAAUGGUACCAGGAUCGCGUCCGCGACAGCGGGCAACAACAUCAGCGGCAACAUUGGCCCUUAUUACGUUGGCGACUCUCUCGAACUAUUUUGCGUGUCUUUUGGAGGUAACCCACAAGCAUCGCUCUCCUGGUGGUCCGGCAACCGUCUCCUCGAGAACAGAACUACGGUGCUGUCGCCGCAGCGGGUACGCAGCGACGUGACGUACGCGCCGCUGCGGCGCGAGGACCACGGCCUGGUGCUCACGUGUCUCGCUAACAACAAUGACGUCACCCCGCCGCUGGCUAUUGACAUUGUCAUCGAUAUGCACCUUCCACCUGAACUGAUAGCCGUGAGGGCUCUGGGAGCAAACGACAGCCGCGUACACUCGGAAGACACGGUGGUGCUUCAGUGCCGAGUGCUGGGCGCGCGGCCCACGCCGGCCAUUACAUGGCGGGCCAGAGGUGCUACACUAAAGAACCUGACGCAGGAUAUCACAGAGGAGCCGUCGCAACGGCUACUAGUCAGCGAGAUAGAGCUGAGCAUAGACCACACGUGGGACGAGGCGCGGGUCACCUGCUGCGUGCCCGGGUACAAGACCCCGGAGCUCAACUGCGCGCCAGCGCUCCCGCUCUCUGUGUUCUAUCCACCAGUACUAAAUAUAACUGUGGAAUACGGCGAUCAACUGGACGCCGAAAAUUGCACGCUGCGUGUCCUCAAGGGGUCCAACGUUACGCUGAACUGCACGAGCCAAGCCAAUCCGGCCGCGCACCAGCUCACAUGGUUCCACCAGGAUGAUAUCAUAUCCAACUACUCAGACCACAGCGAAGGCAGUUUCCACCCGGUGCUGAGCCUGCACGAGGUGGUUGAGAAAGACGGAGGCGUGUAUGUCUGCGGUGCCAUCAACGCAGAGGGGUCCUCUUACAGCGAACCGGUGUUUAUAGACAUUACUUAUCCAGCAUUUUGCGAAGACGAGACAAUGGCCGAGUACGGCCUGGGGGUGGAGGAAUCAAUCAACAUAACGUGCAACGUCAAGUCAAACCCAACGCCGCAUCAGUACGGCUGGGCCGUUGUCGACGGCCAAGUCAAAGCAGACGCUUUCGAGAACAAGAUCCCUCUAAACGUUCAAGUAACGGAUAACAACACGUUGUUGUAUACGCGGCCUAAUGACACCGCGUUUAGUUCGAUAUUUUGCUGGGGAAUAAACGAGGUGCCUGAAAGCGAUUUGCCCAAAACGCCUUGCAGCUUCCUCAUAACGGACCAAACGGCGCCGCGGCCCCCGAUAAACUGCAUUGCCGUCAAACGCGACCGCGACGUCACCGUCACUUGCGACAAGGGGCACGACGGCGGGUUGCCGCAGAAGUUCACAAUCGUGGCAAAAUCGACAAAUACAGAUGAAGUUCUAGAAACGAUAACGAAGUUAGAACCGAAGUUCCUGAUACAAGACUUGACAGAAGAGAAUUUCAAAUUUGAAAUAGUGGCGUCGAACGAUAAAGGAGACAGCAGACUAGUCGAGAUUAAUAAGGACAGCGUUAUUGAUGAAUUCGCCGGCAAGGAGCCGGUGCAGAACACGGUGGCCAACAUCACGGUGCUGUCGCUGGCGCUGUUCGGGGGCGUGUUGCUGGUGGCGCUGGCGGCGUGCGCGCUGGUGCUGUGCGCGCACGAGCGCGGCUCGCGGCCCACUGCGCCGCGCGACACCAACCCGCCGCUGUGCGCUUACAACACUGACGAAACUACUUGUAACGACAGCGACGACAGCGAAUGCAACGUCAGACGAACUGAAUCCUUCCGACGGGCCAUGGCGAGGUAUCCCUCCAAGAACUUCGACGUGCGACGAACCAGCUCCUUCCACUCGGCCAGAUAUCUGCACGACUUUGCCGAACAAGACGUUGGCCACAAACAUAACGAUGUGCUGAGACACAGUCCUAGUUGUAGAGUCCAUUCUAUGCAAAAUAUAAACAGGAGAAGAGACAUGGACAAUCUAUGCGACCACUUAGUCAAUCAGUUACCUCCUGCGACCAGCACAUUCCACACGAUGCCAAAGAAGAUGCGGAAUAAACUGUCCAAGGAACUUAGCGACGAAGUGUCUGUGAUUACACAAACGUCGGACGGCUUUUCUCUGCCACCUCCGCCUGACGAAUUUGGGACUUAUCGGUCCGGCACGAAGAUCAAAGACAUGCCAAAGGGUCCGACGUAUACAACGAUCGUUAGGAAGAACUCGAGUAAAAAGGAGAGUCAGCGGCAACCGCAGUACGGGAACAUAUCGUCGAUGAAUACUGUGGGAGUACCGACGGUUAGCGGUCAGUCGGGCGUGUACACGUACCCUGAUGAUGACGGUCGUCAGGUAUUGCUGCGAGCGCCUGGCGUGCUAACAACUUUCCAAACAUUUCCUAGACAUAAGGAAUCAGGACUAUGAAACAUGCUCACAAUGCAUGAUGCCAAAGAAAUUUAUAUUUAGACAAAAUAAGAAGUGGCUUUACAAAAGUGAUAUAUUUAAAGCUACACUGCUCAUUAGGGUAGUAUUGCACCUGUGUCCAAUCGUGUGGCUAUCAUUUUGCAUAAAGAGACAG